UUUACUUAUUAUCAAUUGGAUUUUAAACAAAUAACCAAAAUACACGAGAUUAUUACAACUUACAGUAUUAAUGGAUCAAACUGAAAACAGCUCCACACCUUUACAACACACUUCAACUAACGGUGUAGGAAUAUCUAUUAUGAGUCUAAACGACUUUCAUAAUAUUAAUACCGCGACUCCAGCACCUCAAAACGUUAUAUUUGAGUUUUAUUUUCAUUUACCAGAUGAUACUCGUAUCUAUCGUGUUACUUAUUCUGAAUUAAGUCCGUCGGAAAAUGUUCAACUUCUAAACGCCUUGCAUAAUAUUAAUACCGCGACUCCAGCACCUCAAAACGUUACAUUUGAGUUUUAUUUUCAUUUAUCAGAUGAUACUCGUAUUUAUCGUGUUACUUAUUCCGAAUUAAGUCCGUCAGAAAAUGUUCAAGUUUUGAAUAAUGGAAUUAAUCUAUCUCAUAUCCCUGAUUACCUUUUGCCGGAUCAUUAUUAUUUACAAUUUUUAAUUCGACAACAGAUUCAGCAACAAGUCCAGCAUCCUGUUUAUCAACAAAAUGAUAUUCAACAACAAUCCUUCGAUAAUUCUCAAUCUACUUCCCAAAUAUAUUCUAAUGACACCUACAGUAACGAAACUGUUUCUUACAAUAUGCAAGAUACGAGGAAUGCAGGAUUCCAGAAUUCUUCCUAAGGGCUAAAGACUCUAUUAUGCAUUUUUAAUCUUUAUACAUGCUACUCCAUGCAAAUUACUUAAUAAAAUAAAAUUAUACAAGAAACCGG